UAUAAGUCCGCCUCAUUAUAUGUUAUCUCUAAACACAAACACAGUCCACAAAAGCUUUCUCAUUUCCCUGAAUUUUUAAUUUUCCUGAUUACCCAAAAAAAAAAAAAAAGAAAAAAAAAAAGGGGUCAAAUUCUCUUUCAAUUUUGAUUUUUCUUUUCCAUGUCUAAAUAAAAUUUAGAACUUUGAAGAACCCAAAUCAAAUUUUAGAGAGAGAGAGAGAGAGAGAGAGAUGCGAAGCCACGGAUUAACGAUGUCAGGAAGCGAUUCCCGCUUCUUCUCCUUCCCAGUGAAACCCGUUAACAAAUCGAUACCCGACCCGAAUCACAACGUCCUUUUCUUUCCGGCCCACCACCACAGACCCAUCAUCUUCACCACCACCACCACCCGGGAUUCAAUCGGAACCGUCAGAGUCAAAGCCACAGUCAACGAUGGGUUCGUAUUCUCCGAGGCUGCCGAGCUGAGCUUCUACGAGCUUCUGGGUAUUCCUGAAUGGGGAUCUUUGGUAGAUAUCAAGCAGGCCUAUAAACAGCUCGCGAGGAAGUACCACCCGGAUGUUUCUCCUCCGGGUCGGGUCGAGGAGUAUACCCAGAGGUUCAUUCGUGUUCAGGAGGCGUAUGAGACUCUCUCUGAUCCCAGGAGGAGAGCUUUGUAUGAUAGGGACAUGGCUAAGGGUAUUCACCUCGCUUUCUCUGCCAGAAAACGAUACCAAAAAGAUGAGGGCAUGGAGGAGAAGAGUGAAUGGAAAUAUCGUUGGCAAUCUCAGCUGUCAGAGCUUAAAAGAAGAAGCACGAACAAGGAUAUGACGGGAAACAUGUCAUGGGGAGCUCGAAUGCGGCGCCGUAGGGAAGAAUCCUACAAUGGAUUAUAGAUAGGUCCUCUUUUCAUCUUUGUAUAUACCCAUUCAGUCCACGUAUCUUCCUACCUCUGCAUAUAUAAUCUGCUUUCCAUUGGCUCUACCAAUAAAGAGAAAAAGUACUUCCAUAUGCCAAACAGAUGGCUUAGUUAAACCAAAAAAAAAGAAUGUGAAGUUUAACCUCUAGCCAUGUUAAACAUAAUUAUAGGAAAACUAUAGUGUACAUAUAUGGUUAUGAGAGUACUUUUUUCCCUUUUUUCUUAGAGUCAUCAACAAUUUUCUGUGUUCCUUUUGUUCAUGUGGGGAGUGAAUGUUGUGAAUAUGACUCAAUUUUGAUGCAAUUAAUCUGGUUUUUAUGGGUU